AUGCCGCGGGGGUUCCUAGUGAAGCGGAGCAGGAGACCGGGGAGCUGCUACCGGGUGCGCCCCGCGGGCGGGCUCCCGGCACCCCGCCUCGAGGAGGCGCCUCACGCUCCAGCAGCGCCUUUGCCGGCGAUGGCCGGGCCGCCGCCUCCGCAAGAGGAGGAGGAGGAACAGGAGCAGGAGCAGGAGCAGCAGCUGCCCCAGCCGGAGUCUCCGCUGGCCGCCGUCUGGAGCGCGGGAACCGCAGACGGCGCCGCCUCCGCGGAAAGAGAGUCCAAGCGCUGCAUCCGCUCUCCCGCGUCGGCCGAGUCCUUCCCGCUGGGGCCUGCCUUGGCGGUGGCGGAAAACCUGCCCCUGCUCCCGCGCACGCCCCUGCCCUUGCCCGUGUCCGUGCCGCUCCCCCUGCCUGCGGCGCCGCUUUGCCCCGCCGCCGCGCUCAAGCGGCCACCCCGACCCAAAGCUCCGCCGGCGAAGAAACCCAAGGCCGUGCGCAAGCUGAGCUUCGCCGACGAGGUGACCACGUCGCCGGUGCUGGGCCUGCGGAUCAAGGCGGCGGCCGAAGGGGGCUCCGAGGGGCCACGCGGCUCCCGCCCGACCUUGCUAGGCGAGUUCGUCUGCCAGCUGUGCAAGGAGCCCUACGCCGACCCGCUGGCCCUCGCCCAGCACCGUUGCUCCCGGAUCGUGCGCGUCGAGUACCGCUGCCCGGAGUGCGCGUACCUGCGCAAGCACCUGGGCACCCACCAGGGGCCGGGGGGCGGCCACACCAGCGCCGCUUACCGCGGCAGCCCCUCGCCACCGCCGCCGCCUCAGCCGCCUUCACAGCAGAUCACUUUUCCCUGCCACUUGUGCGGGGCGCAUUUUCCCUCGGCGGACAUCAGGGACAAGCACCGGCUAUGGCAUGCCGUGCGGGAAGAGCUGCUCCUGCCCCUGGGGCCGCCCGAAGGCAGCGCCGCCCACGGGGAGCAGCAGAUCUUUUCCUGCAAGCAUUGCCCCUCGACCUUCUUCAGCUCGCCCGGCCUCACUCGGCACAUCAACAAGUGUCACCCCUCGGAUAACAGGCAGAUCCUUCUGUUGCAGAUGCCACUCAGGCCAGGCUGCUAAGCUCCCUGGGCGAAUGGCUCUUUCCCCCGGCAGGACUGAACUAUGAAAAGCGGGCUCCAAAGAUUGGCUGGCCCAUUCCUCACCGCUUGCUCGGGACUGCCCAAGGUCCCCCUACAUCUGAGUUGCUUGUGCCGUUGCAUUGCUCCGCCUCCUACUACUCCUGGCCCGUCAGUAUCCAGUGACCUGUCCGAAAUAGUACUUUUUAAGGGAAAUCGCAGGGCUUAGCCAAAGGGAAUCACAUUCACCACUUUCGAAAUGCAUCGUGCCAAACGCUUUUUAACUUAAGAGCACGAAUUAUCCUCAUUGCCUUACAAAGGGGUUAGAAUGUAUUGCAUAUUUCAUGAAAGUUUUCACACGUACUGUAAAUCUUGUAGUUUUAGAAAAGUAAAGGGAAAUCAAGCUAACCUGUUGGGCAAAGAACACACUUACCACCUUAGAUUGAAAAAAAAGCCCCUGCCUUGAGAAAGAAAAAUACUCCGUGUGUGCUGUAAUAUUAUAGCCUCUGCCUACUUGUGAGUAGGUUUUCUGGGGUGACUUGGGGCCCUGGAUGACUUCUUUCAUUC